AUGAUUAAGGAUCUGAGGUACCACAACCUUCCUGUUAUCACAAACUACUUCAUGUCACUCUUCGCUGUGUUAAUCUUGUACCACAAACUACGUGUCAUCACCAACUACUUCAUGUCACUCCUUGUUAUCUCCAUUUCAUGCUACUUUUCGCUGUACCACAAACUACGUGUCAUCACCAACUAUUUCGUGGUGUCCUUGGCCUUUGCGGAUAUGCUGGUCGCUCUCAUGGCUAUGGUGUUCAACGCGUCCGUGCAGCUGACGAACACGUGGCUCUUUGGACCGGUCAUGUGCGAUCUGUGGAACUCAAUGGACGUGUAUUUCUCUACGGUGUCCAUCCUUCACCUCUGCUGCAUAUCCAUAGACAGAUACACGGCGAUUGUGCAGCCGCUGGACUACACCCUCAGGAUGACUGGCAACACUGUCAUGAUGAUGCUGGCCGUGGCGUGGAUCUCCCCCGUGUUCAUCUCCGUCCUCCCCAUAUUUCUCGGCUGGUACACCACGCAGGCCUACAUCUCGCCCGUGUGCAAAAUUAGAUGA